AUGGUCAAAAAGCAGAGAAAAGCGAAGCAGAUUGUCCCGAAGAGCAAAGAUGAUAAGCCUGGUUCGCUGCCAGCCACCUUUGCAUUCGAAGCUCCCACGCCAACGCCGAACAAGCGCGGAUCGAAGCGAAAAGGGAAGACUUCAAAACCACCUCAGGAAGCCACAAAUGGCCGAUCAGAGUCCAUCGACGACAUUUUCUCGAAGGCAAAGUCGAAGGCGGCUUCCGCCGCACAACCAGACGGAGGCAGCAAGAGGCGGACCCAAACGGGCGAUGGGAAAAAAAAGAAAGAAGUCAAGAAGCCCAAGCGCGGUUCUCUCGAAGAUCCCUUUGGACGGUCUGGCGACUGGACAGAUGACGGUCUCGGUGGCAUCUACAACCAAGAAGGGUGGACUGGGAGGCGAACCAAGGAUGAGUUGCGCAUAUUCAAGGCGCAUCUGAUCAAGGUGGGAGAAGGCGGUGGCACGCCUCUGUGUCCAUUCGACUGCUCUUGCUGCUACUAA